AUGUGGCCUUCUGUCCCAGCACAUAGGAGCUUUGGGAGCAUUGCAUGUCCCUCAGGUACCCGAUGUGAAUUACCUCACUGCAUUUUUCGUCAUGAAGCCCCCAAGCCAUCACCUGUCCGCCUAUCACCAGUACCAACGGUGGCGGCUCUAGAUCUAGAGCCACAACCAAAACGACAGAAGCUGGAUGAGAGUGUAAAGGAAGCCAAUACAGGGCCUGUAGAGCAAAGCCCGGUCAAGCCCAAUGUCUUUGUCGGAUUAACCUUGCCUAACUCCAAGGAGUCGCUAUCAACAACAAGCAGGGGAACACCGAACGACCAAACAUCAACUUCGAAAGCAACUGUUGACAUUAAAGGUCCAUCAUCGCUACCAGCUUCAGUGACAAGACCGGUAUCACCGCCAACAACCGCUGCAGCAAAAUCUCAAGCCAAGCCUGAAGCACCUAUGCCGCUGAUGCCACGCAAACUCGUAAAGGAGCCAGCCACAUUUACCAAGCGAGUAACCCUACUCAAAGCAUUACAUUCCUACAUGAAGCCACAAAAUGAAAAGCUUCUCAAGGCAAAACAGCCAGAGGUCAAGGCUCUGCACUUGACUCCCAAUCAGCUGAUCAAGCUUGCGGUGGACGAAGAGGCGAGGAUUGCUAGUGUGAACCAAGCCGUAUAUGAGAACGAACUGAAGCACCGGUUAGUGAGGCUCAAGAAUAUGACUCCUGAGGUUUGGGUCAAGGAGAGACGAGAAGCUUUGGCGAAAGAAAAGGGAGAUAUGCCUAAGAAACCCGCGCAAAAGAAAGUUGACACAGGCCUCACUCCGAAAGAGGAAAUUGCGUUUCUUUCUCUGCUCAAAUGUCCACUGGAAGGAUUGAAUGCCCAUGGUUACGUUACCGAGUUGCCGGCAGAAAAAGACCUCAUCGAGGCACAGAAGACACUCGACGCAUCGGAUUUUUGGGAGGAGUGUGAUAGGUGCAGCACACGUUUUCAGGUCUUUCCCGAUCGUAGAGAAGAGGACGGCGCUCUCACAACUGGUGGCCAAUGUAGACACCACUGGGGCAAACGCAUUUGGCCAAAAAACAAAAAGAAUGCCGCUGUUCCAGAACCCACGAGGCUGACCUGUUGCAACGAAGCUGUUGGAUCACCAGGCUGUACGACCCACGAAACUCACGUUUUCAAUGUCAAGAGUCCGAAGCGCCUCUCACUGAUCAUGCCGUUCAUGAAGACUCCAGAGAACGACAAGGCUCCACCGCACACGGCAGUGUGCUUCGACUGUGAGAUGGGAUACACAACGAAUGGCCUCGAGAUGAUGCGAUUGACCGUCGUCUCGUGGCCCACACACAAACCUAUCAUAGACGUCCUAGUUCGACCAUUAGGGCACAUAUUAGAUGUCAAUACGCGCUUCUCGGGUAUCACAGCGGAGCAAUUCCUGAAUGCAAAGCCAUUCGACCCCGCAGACCCGAAACCGGUGCGCAAGGACUUGCGCAUCGUGGACUCGCCAUAUGCAGCACGCGAGCUCUUCCUUUCUCACGUCUCACCAACAACGCCAAUUCUAGGGCACGCUCUCGAAAACGACCUCAACACGAUCCGUCUGAUCCAUCCUACAAUUGUCGACACUGUCUUACUCUACCCCACGCGUCAAGGUCUACCAUAUCGCCAUGGACUCCGUGCCUUAGCGAAGAUGCAUCUCGGAGAAAACAUUCAGCAAGGAGGCGCAGCUGGUCACGACAGUUACGAGGAUGCAAGGACUACUGGCGAGCUGGUUAGGUUCAAGAUCAAGGAGCAAUGGAAGUCGAUGAAGAGUGAUGGAUGGAUGAUUAAAGACGAUGGCGUGUUUCCGCCUGUGCCUGCAGGUACUCCCCCAAAGAAAGCUGAAAUGCCUGGGUUGGUGCCUGUGGCCACAACAGCGGUGCUGCAGGGAACUGCAGCACAGAAGCGGAAGCUGGAGGAAGAUGAUUGGGAGGUGGAUACGGGAGAGGAUCCAGCGGCGAAAAGGAAGGCAUAG